AUGACCUUACUUUUAAGUUGUUGUUUAUCGAGUGAAAUUAGGGAAACAAGUUCCAAAGUGCAUUUUAAAGGAAGAAGUAUUUUCAAUGGAAUAUCUUUACCGAAAUGGAAUCGUUCGGUUGUCAACAAAGCUAAAGAACACAACCAAGAAGCCAGAUUUUGGCCUCCAGCGCAGAAAGAGAGUAGAUUUUUGUCCUUGUUCACGGUGGUGACAUUCCCGAAUGGCGGGUGUGCCGGCGCCUCUGGAGACAACGGGACCUGCAUGACAGCGAGGGAGUGUUCCGCCCGCGGCGGCUCGGCUAAUGGGUACUGCGCUAAUGGAUUUGGACUCUGCUGUAUUUUUAUGACAUCAUGUGGAAGUUCUACGUCAGAAAAUGGUACUUACUUCGUUAACAGCGGAUACCCCUCGGCCUACGACGGCACUGGUUCAUGUGAACUUACAGUCAUCAAAUCACACUCUGAUGUGUGUCAAAUCAGGUUGGACUUCAAUCGUUUCUCCAUCGCCGGUCCCGACCAAAUGAAUCACGUGUGUAAUCAAGAUCAAUUCAUCGUGUCUGGUGGAAACCCGGUACCUGCAAUCUGUGGAGUAAAUCAAGGAAGCCACAUGUACAUCGACGCUGGUAUAGGCACCACAAAUCCUGUCAAAUUGACAUUCGUCACUAGCGGCAACUCUUUCGAGAGAAUGUGGAAGGUGAAAGUCACUCAAAUCCCUUGCAACAGUAUUUAUAAAGCUGACGAAGGCUGCCUGCAGUACUACACAGGGGUCUCUGGUCAACUAAGAUCCUUCAACUACGAUCCCUCGUCCGGACUCCAGCUUAGCAAUCAGGACUAUGGAAUCUGCAUCAGGAUGGAAAGAAACUUCUGCGGCAUUCAGUAUUCUGCUUGUCCAGACACAGUAAAUAACAGAUCGCGUGCUUUCACUUUGAGCGGUAAUAGCAAUGGGCCGGUUAACGCGAUGAUUGGAUCGGGAACUGGUUCAAACAAUUGCGCCAAUGAUUGGCUCCUCAUACCAUGUGCGACAAACGUUGGCCGGAUCCAGCCAGCGCAGGCGUUAUGUACUGACCGCAUAUGUGGAGGAACUUUCUCUGCCGACUUGAGUAUGCAAGCUUCAGCUGUGUUGAGUACUGUCAAGCCGUUUCGCCUUUGGUUCCACACGGACAACGUAGAAGCACCGGUAGAUAUAGAUAACCGAGGUUUUUGCCUUAAUUUCAUACAACAACCGUGUACAAAUAACGUGAUUUAG